CAAUAAUAAAUAGCUUACAAGCGCAAAACGAAGCAAUUUUGGGUAGGGGAUCAUCUACUGAUGAGAUAGAUUUAUUUUUUAGGGGCAUUGCGAUUUCAGUAAACAAGCUACCUCCCAGAGGCAAAACUGAAGCUAAACUUAGUAUAUUAUCUUUAGUUGCACAGCUCGAAGAUAAAUACUUAGGUGACGCUGGAGUGCAAUACACUCAACCAACGAUUCAAACACCCACGCAAAUGAUGUUUCAAACACCCUCUAAAUCUACAACAGAUUUCAACAAUAUUAUAUCACUUUCAAGCACACCAUCUCCAUGCCUCAGUUCUUUGUCGGCUACUCUUCAAGGAUUUGAGCCAUAUAUGUACAAUCAAUAAAUCAAUAACCAACAACUAUAACUACCUAUAUCUAAAUAUAUGUAUGUAUAUUAUAAUAAUUAUUC